AUGAGUUCCGAUGAAGUAAGGAAAAAAAGCAUGGGUCCAAUGAAACAAACAUUGAGGUCGCUCGAGACGCAGCUUAAAAAUCUACAGCCUGGUAUGUCAGAUUUUGGGUUCGCUUAUGGAUCAAAGAAUGUGGCUAUGGCCGUUCGCUUGCUUCAAGAUAAACACGUCAUAGCAUUGCCAACGGAUACCGUCUAUGGUUUGGCAGGAUUGGCCCAAAGCAAUGAAUCUGUUAAAAAGUUGUAUGAAAUCAAGCAACGGGAUCCUUGUAAACCGCUGGCAAUUUGUGUCGGUGAAAUUGUGGAUGUAAAGACUUGGGGUAUCGUCGAUUCUCUGCCAAAAGGAUUGCUGGAAGCGUUAUUACCCGGACCUGUGACAUUAGUUUUGAAACGUACACCAAAACUGAAUCCACUAUUUAAUCCUAAUGUGCAAAAUGUGGGGAUUAGAAUUCCUAAUGCAAAAUUUAUCAGAGAUAUUGCAAAAAGACUAAGGGAACCGUUGGCUCUGACGAGCGCCAACGAGAGUAACAAGCCAAGCACGAUACAUCCCGAAGAAUUUUCUGCACUUUGGUCGCAUUUGGGAGGUGUUUUUUAUCCGGAUGAAAGAGUCGCAAGCGAUGGACUGGAAAGAGCUGGUUCUACCGUUGUUGAUUUAUCUCAGCCUGGUGGAUAUUCUAUAAUUCGUAAAGGAAGCGCUGAAUUUGAAACUGUUCAAGUUUUGAAAAGCUUUCAGUUAAUAGACUGUGAUGAUAAACGUUGAUAAAUGUAGAAACUUGAUUGUGAGAAAUAGCGAAAAUUACAUUUCCAUGUUACCAUGAUUUUGUUUUGAAAAAUCAUUGUUAUAAAAAAUUGUACAGAUAUAUAUGUUGAAACUUUUUUUUUUUUGUUUAAAAUACAGUCUAAACAAAGAAAA